UUUAAUUCAGUACAGUCCAAGUUCACCAACACAGCUCGAGCCCUGCUGAAGAUCUGUAAACAAGAGAUGCAGGAGAUUGAAAACUGCCCAGAUUGCUACCAGAACGCCCACACUCGUUCUUCUGACUCCUGGUUCAUCGAAGCUUGUCGGCGGCCACACGUUCUUGUCUGGGCUAAACUGAAGGGAUUUCCGUUUUGGCCAGCCAAAGCUAUGACAGUCAACAAUGAGAAUAUGGUUGAUGUUCGCUUCUUCGGUGCCCAUGACAGGGCUUGGGUGCCUGUCAGCUCGUGCUUCUUGUACAGUAAACUCUCGCCAACUCCUGCGUCCAACAAGAGCAGACGUAACCUAGAAGAGUGUCUGCAGGAAUUGGAGCACCAUAUCAAGAAAUUAAGAGACAAGUUUGGUCGCUUUGAAUAUCCCCCGUACAAGACCCCUUAUGAUCCGAAGAACGAGGAUGCUCAACUUGCAAUGUUACUACCGAUG